GCGGGACCAUAGGCGGAAGUGGCCAUGGCAGCGCUGAGCGCAGAGGCGGUGCGGGAGCGGCUGCAGCGGGAGCUGGAGGCGGAGCACGUGGAAGUGGAGGACACGACCCCCGAGCGCUGCUCCACGUCCUUCCGGGUCCUCGUGGUGUCGGGCCGGUUCCGGGGGAAGCCCCUGCUGCAGCGGCACCGGCUGGUGAACGAGGCGCUGGCGCAGGAGCUGCCCCACAUCCACGCGCUGGAGCAGCGCACGCUGACGCCGGAGCAGUGGGAGCAGCAGCGAGCGGCGCCCGGCACCGCCCGGGAAUAAAGAAUUAUGGGAAACGCG